AGUCUCAGCCCUCGGGCGUUGUCACGUGACAAGACUCUUUGUCCGAACAUUCGGGCGACGGAAGCAUCAACUGUGAACCCUAAAGCGGGUGUGAGCAGGAAAAAGGGAAAACUGGGGCCUUUUCAAAAUGGAUUUUGCAUCACAUCACACCCGUAUUCUGCAACAGUUGGAUGAGCAGCGACAAAAAGACCUUUUUUGUGAUUGUCACAUUUUAGUGGAAGGUCAACUUUUCAGGGCUCAUCGUAACAUCCUGUUUGCCAGCAGUGGUUACUUCAAGAUGCUUCUGUCUCAGAGCUGCAAAGACAUGGGUCAACCAACCACUGCCACCUUUGAUGUCUUCUCUGCUGACACCUUUACUGCCAUCUUGGACUUUGUGUACUCUGGGAAGUUGCCUCUUUCUGGGCAGAAUGUCAUUGAAGUCAUGUCAGCUGCAAGUUACUUGCAAAUGACAGAUGUUAUAAGUGUUUGCAAGAUGUUUAUCAAAUCAUCAUUAGACAUCAAUGAAAAGGACAAAGACAGUUUCUUCGGUUUGUCAGACAGAGAGCCUGGAUCCACUCCCAGCCAAUGUGGUUUGUAUAAUGCAGGAUGGGGAGUUAACAACUGUCCAUCUGCACAAUCAGAGGAGCAUAUUCCUGUAUGCUUAGAGGAUGAGGAUACUUGGAACAAUUGUGGGUUCUACCCUGGAACUGGAUCAUUGCCCUCGGGCCCCAAUGACAAAAUAUCAGAAACUUCUAAUAAAACCCCAAACAGACACCACAGGAUACCUCAGUUUUCCAGCUCACCUUCAUACCCUGGAGGAGAAACAGGAGGUUGCAGAAUUCCACAGUCUAAUGACAAAAUCUGCCAUGCAGAAUUGGAUGUACCUCAGAGCGGGUACCACCCUACACAGGAGUCUGAGGCCAUUCCCAACUGCUGGACUGUAACACAACAAAGAGAAAGGAGAAAGUCUUCACAUAAGACCAGUGCUUCCAAAGCAGACCAGCUAUAUGCCACAAUGCCAACAAUUAUGGGCAUCAUAGGAGGCUGGGGAGAAGAUGAUUUGCCAAGUAUGCGUUUCAAGUGUCCAUUUUGUACCCACAUGGUCAAAAGGAAGGCAGAUCUUAAAAGACAUCUGAGGUGUCAUACCGGGGAACGACCAUACCCCUGCCAUGCCUGUGGAAAGAGGUUCACCAGGCUGGAACAUGUGCGCACUCACUAUAGAACGAUCCACGAGGCAGCAAAUCCGGUCUGUAGAAGGUGCAAACGACAUGUUACAGAGGAAUCUGGGCAAGUAGUGCAGGAGGGGACACGACGUUUCCGCCUGUGUAAUGAGUGCUUGGCUGAAGUUGGGGUGGACAACUUUCCUAUAGAUCUGGAUGAUGAUGAGGCUCCAAUUGUCUUGUCUGGGGACGAGGACAAGGAAACAUCAUGGAAUUAUAAUGAUGGGAGACAGACUUCUGAUCCAGAAAUUAUUGAAGAUAACUCCUCUGACUUAGUAAUUCAUGAGGUAGAGGACAGUGAUGAUGAAAUCAAACCAACUAACCUCUGAGCAGAGGGAGUAUCUCUAGAGUUAGUAUGCUCUCACAUAAACACAUCACUGUUUGGAUGCUGGAUUAUACAACUCUUUUGGAAGCCAAGGUUUUCUAUUGCUUAUAUACAUCCUAUGAGUUUGGUGUGAACCUACUUUAUACAAGUAAAAGGAAACUGCCUUGAUGGUGUUGGUUCAUAGUUAUAGGUAAAAAACUAUAAGACAUUUCUACUAGUCCUGGACAACUAACAAAUUGCAUUGGACAAGAAUGAAUUUAAACUUGUUAGUAUAUUUAACAUUGAAUGGACAAGUACACUUUUCCCUCCAAACUAGUAAUGUUAAAGAUCCACUGUAUCUAAUUUUAUAACUGAAAAUGACAAUGGAGCAAAUUUUUCUUUUUUCUCUGGCAUGAAAUAUUUUAGGAAUAUGAUAAAACUAUGGCCCUCACCGGAUUUUAGAACACUGCAUGUACUAUAUACUUUUUUUUAACUAGUCUAUACUUUAUUUUUCUGGUACUUUUACCUAUAUAUGUUUAGUAAAGUUUAUUUAUAUGAAGUACAGGAACUCUACAAAGAGGAUGUUUAUAAUUUAACAAAUAGGCUUGAAACUCUAAACUAGAGUUAAAAGGGACCCUGUGAGUACAUUUGUAAUGUUGUGAUUUCUCUAAUUUAUUGUUUAAGUAUUCAUUUAUAUAAGAUAUCAAUCUGGUGGUAGUAGGAAGCACUUUUCUAAAGGCCUUUGAACCUAUUGUACAAAUUUCAAAUGGGCAUACUGUUUAUUAUUUAUAUAUACUGCUGGCAAUGACGUGUGUGUAUAAUGCAGUAUGUUACACCUUAGCAAGUAAAGAUGAAACAGAGUUAUAUAGCUGGAAUAUAUAGCUCUGGUUGAACUGCAGGGUGCAAGUGAUCCUCUUCUCAUGUUAAGGGAACCCUUAAAAUGUAAUAUUAUGAAGGCUUACAACUUUAAUGUAUUUUGUUUGUACAAAGUGUGCAAUAUAAUAUAUGCUUCAUCAUGAAA